AUGCUGUUUAGUGCCAGAAUUGAUACAUCCAAGUGUGGCAGACAGCUACUUAUCUGGCUAAUGAUAGACUGUGGAAAUGGAGAUAAUACUGAGAUUAAUAGGCUAAAUACCUUCGUCCUCAUAGUACUAAUUCUAGGAUAUAUAUAGAUGCUUUACUUUUUAGUCAUUUCAAUAUUCCUCAUUUACCUACUCAUAAUAACAGGAAAGUAAAGCAGAAGCUAGGUGAGAAAUCAAAAUGAGAUUAUUGAUCAGCUACCUUAAACUCCAGUAUAGACUAUUCCUCCACAAAUAAAUCUAAAUUUAGAUCCUUCAGAUGUUAAUAAUCCUUAUGGAAUAAGAGAUAGAGUUUAGAUGUCCCUUUUGAAAAGGAAUAUUGAGAAAUAUAUCAAGAAACUUAGAAAAAUAAAAUAUAAAAAGGACAUGGACAAUCCAGAUUAACUCGAUGAAUGUGCAAUAUGUCUUACCAAAUUCAUAGAUAAUGAUGAUUUGCUUUAGCUGCAAUGUGAUAAAAGGCAUUUAUUUCAUAGAGAUUGCGGUUCGGAAUGGAUUAAAAUAAAUGCUACUUGUCCAUUGUGUCGAUAGGAUUUCAAGACAGCUAUUUGUGGACUUGGACUUUCAGGAAGUUAGUUCAGUAGUAGAAUAAUUGAAAAUAAUUCAAUAUCUGUGAGAAGUUCCUAUAGAGAACACUAGCUUGGAACGCCACAAAAUAGAUAUGGCUUAGUAAGAAGACCUAGAAUUAUAAGUGUCAUUAGUAUGCUAGACUAAGAUCCAGAACAAAUUCAAAGGUAGUUUACAGACCCAUAAGCUGCAAACUAAAUGAUCAUACUUGAGCACGAUCUUCAAAAUCAUAGUCCACCUUCAAUAUAAGACUAAAGAAGACGAGCUUAUCAUACUAGAAGAUCUGGAAAUAACUCACUUAGAGCAUCACCAUCUAUGUAAAAUUAGAACGGAAGAGCUAUCCUAUAAGUUAUAUCGUAAUAUGACAUAGACUAGUCAAUGCUACCUACUAUCUAGAAUGACCAAGGACCCAAUAGUCACUUAAAUAAUUUUCUGAUUGAGUAGGAAAAUAGCAUAUAUAGAAGACAAAGAUCAAAUAACAUGAAUGAAAUAGACAAUAUUAUUUAAGAAGAGCUAAACUCAAUGUCAGAUUAACUUGCAGCAGCAGCUAAUGCCGCUGGGUCUAAUGGAUAAAAUAGAAGUCUAUAGCCUGAUAUGAGCAGAUAAGAUGGACCGACUCAAGUAACUAUGAAUGAAAAUCUUGCGACCUCAAGGACAACAAGCAGGCAUCACAGAAGAUUUUAGACCCUCAGAGAAACAUUAUUUCUUAAUCCUCUAUAGAUUUGA